AUGACACAUACAUUUUUGAGAGAUUCCUUUUGGGGGACAAUUAUAAACUACCUUACAAGUCAUAAAACUUUUACUCAUAAAGAAGAUGAGAAGAGCUACGUGAUACCUGAUAAGUACUUACCUGGCUAUAAACAAAUUGAUGAAGUAGAAGAACUGGCCGAUCUUGAAGAUGCUAUCGAAAGUUCGGAUGGUUCUGUUGUAGAUGCUAAGGAAGAAGCUUCAAGUGAAAUAAUAGUUUCUUGGGAUGGUGAAAAUGAUCCUGAAAAUCCUUAUAAUUGGCCACUUCGUCGUAAAAUUUUCCUUUUAGCUGAAGUUGCUUUCUUGACUGUAUCGGUCUAUAUGGCUUCUGCUAUUUAUACUCCAGGUGUUGAUCAAAUUAUGGCAAAAUUUAAUAUUGAUCAAACAAAAGCAACUUUACCUUUAACUAUGUUCGUUAUUGGUUAUGGUUUUGGUCCAAUGUUCUUAUCUCCAAUGACUGAAAAUGCUGCUAUAGGUAGAACUUCAGUUUAUAUUAUAACAUUAUUCAUUUUCUUCAUUCUUCAAAUUCCAACUGCAUUAUCUACAAGUCUUGCCGGUUUAUGUGUCCUUAGAUUUAUUUCUGGAUUCUUUGCUUCACCUGCUUUAGCUACUGGUGGUGCAACUAUUGGAGACAUCAUUACUAUGCCUUAUAUGCCUGUUGGUCUUGCUUCUUGGGCAAUUGGUGGUGUUAUGGGUCCAUCAUUAGGUCCAUUGAUUGGAGCUGUUCUUGUGGUAAGAGGCGGUCAUGAUGGUUAUGAAUCUUGGAGAUGGCCAUUCUGGUUCAUGGCAAUCAUUAGUGGUACUUGUUUCUUAGUCUUGGGAUGGACUUUACCUGAAACUUACGGUAAAACUUUACUUUAUAGGAAAGCUAAUAGAUUAAGAAGAAUUACAGGUAAUCAAAAUAUUACUUCUGAAGGUCACAUUGAAAAUUCAAAGCUUACUCCAAAGGAAUUAGCUAUCGAUUUAUUAUACAGACCAUUUGAAAUUACCAUCAUUGAACCUGUUGUUUUGUCUGUCAAUCUUUACAUUGCUUUAGUAUAUUCAGUCAUGUAUCUUUGGUUUGAAGGUUUUCCUAUUGUAUUUGUUGGAAUUCAUCAUUUUACUUUAGUUGAAAUGGGUGUCACUUAUGUCUCUAUUAUGAUCGGAAUUGCUAUUGGUGCUGCUAUUUAUGUUCCAUAUAUGUAUAAUAAAUUCACCAAACGUGUUCUUCGUGGUGAGGGUGUUAGCCCUGAACUUUUUAUGCCAAUGGCCAUAUUUGGUGCCAUCAUGAUGCCUAUUGGUAUCUUCAUCUUUGGAUGGACUUCAUCUCCUGAUAUUCAUUGGUUCCCUCCAUUAAUUGGAGGUGCAAUCUUUGCAUGUGGUGCAUUCAUUAUUUUCCAAACCUUAUUUAAUUACUUGGGUGCUUCAUUCUAUAGAUAUUUGGCUUCGGUAUUUGCUAGUAAUGCAUUAUUUAGAUCCGUUAUUGCUGGUGUAUUUCCAUUAUUCGGAAAGCCUUUAUUCACAAAUAUUGGUUCAGAAAAAUUCCCCGUUGGUUGGGGUUCUUCCAUCUUAGGUUUUAUUGCUGUUGCAAUGAUCCUGAUUCCAGUUUACUUCUAUUUCCAUGGUCCUCAAUUAAGAGCUAGAUCAAGAUAUGCUAAUUAACCAUUAUAAUUAUCCAUAAUUUACUACUAUUUAUACUUAUCUAACGUUUUCCUUUAAUUUUUUAUUGUACAUAAUGAAAUCAUGUUAUGAUCGGGUCACAAUCAAAGCUAUUUUAAUAUUUAUUAAAUAAUAUAAAUUUUUUAUAAUCAACAUAUAUUUAAAUAGAUUAUACAUAUAAAUACAUAAAUUAAUUAAUUAUUUAA